UGCCCCCCGCCACCGUGCCGGCGGCUCCCAUGGCGGUGGCACGGAAAAUCAAAACUUUGUUGACGGUGAACAUCUUGGUCUUCGUGGGCAUCAUCCUCUUCUCCGUGUACUGCAGGAUCCAGGACCGCUCCCAGGAGCUGGUGCAGAUCGUCCGGAGCGCGGACCGCCGGGCCAGGAGCCGCGGCGCCAAGGUGGGCAGCCUGGCCGACAGGGAGUCCAUCCUGCAGCGCCUGGACCACCUGGAGGAGGUGGUCUACAACCAGCUGAAUGGUCUGGCAAAACCCAUGGGAUUAGUUGAAGGUCCAGGAGGCUUGGGCCAGGGGGGAAUGGCUGCUACCCUGAGAGAUGAUAGUCAUGAAUCAGAGACUAAGUAUGAAGAAUAUGGUUACAAUGCCCAACUGAGUGACAGGAUAUCACUGGACAGGUCCAUCCCUGACUACAGACCAAAAAAGUGCAAACAGAUGACCUAUCCAGAUGACCUGCCCCAGAUCUCUGUCGUCUUUAUAUUUGUAAACGAGGCACUCUCAGUCAUCCUGCGCUCUGUGCACAGCGUUGUGAAUCACACCCCAUCACACUUGCUCAAGGAGAUCAUUCUGGUGGAUGACAACAGUGACAAUGUUGAGCUAAAAUUUAAUCUGGACCAGUAUGUCAAUAAAAGAUAUCCAGGUCUGGUGAAAAUAGUGCGCAAUAACAAACGAGAAGGACUGAUUCGAGCCAGAAUCCAAGGCUGGAAAGCAGCAACCUCUCCUGUCGUUGGGUUCUUUGAUGCUCACGUUGAGUUCAACAUUGGCUGGGUGGAACCUGCACUUACCCGGAUCAAAGAAGAUCGAAAGCGGAUCAUCUUACCAGCGAUUGACAAUAUCAAGUACAACACUUUUGAAGUGCAGCAAUACGCCAAUGCAGCCCACGGCUAUAACUGGGGCCUCUGGUGCAUGUACAUAAUCCCACCGCAGGACUGGCUCGAUAAAGGGGAUGAGUCAGCUCCCAUCAGGACACCAGCCAUGAUUGGAUGCUCGUUUGUAGUGGACCGAGAGUAUUUUGGUGAGAUUGGCUUGCUUGACCCUGGUAUGGAGGUUUAUGGAGGAGAAAACAUCGAAUUAGGCAUGAGGGUCUGGCAGUGUGGAGGAAGCAUGGAGGUGUUACCCUGUUCUCGCGUGGCACAUAUUGAACGCACAAAGAAACCCUACAACAACGACAUCGAUUACUAUGCAAAGCGCAACGCCCUGCGGGCGGCCGAGGUCUGGAUGGAUGAUUUCAAGUCGCAUGUUUACAUGGCGUGGAACAUCCCCAUGGCAAACCCUGGAGUUGACUUUGGAGACGUUUCUGAAAGAAUAGCUCUACGACAGCGACUGCAGUGCCGGAGUUUUAAGUGGUACUUGGAGAAUGUCUAUCCUGAAAUGAGGGUUUAUAAUAAUACAGUCACUUAUGGAGAGGUGCGUAACAGCAAAGCUAGUGGCUACUGCUUAGAUCAGGGAGCCGAAGAGGAUGACAAAGCAAUCCUUUAUCCAUGCCAUGGAAUGUCCUCUCAGCUUGUCCGCUACAGCUCGGAAGGCGUCCUGCAGCUGGGGCCGCUGGGCUCCACGGCCUUUCUGCCGGACUCCAAAUGCCUCGUGGACGAUGGGAAGGGCAGGACACCGACUCUGAAGAAGUGUGAAGAUGUGCUGAGGCCAGCGCAGAGGUUCUGGGAUUUCACACAGAAUGGCCCAAUCAUCAGCAGAGACACUGGCCGUUGUCUAGAAGUGGAAAUGUCAAAGGAUGCAAAUUUUGGGCUCAGAUUAGUGGUACAAAGGUGCUCGGGGCAAAAAUGGAUGAUUAGAAACUGGAUAAAACAUGGCCGACAUUGACUGCUGGGGCUGAGAAGCUGCCUCUCCUGCCGUUGUCCAUCGCUCAGUGUGCCGUAUCUUGCAAGGCAGUUGUCUUAAAGCAAAUUAGUUUGAACAGGACUUGGCUCUCAAGAGUCCUCUGUAGUUGGGCAUUCAAAGGAAAAAAGAAGAAAGAAAAGCAGACAGAUACAUGCCGUGUUUGACUCUUCCUUGCUCUGGUAGAUGACCUGGGAAGCUUAACAAGAGUUUUCUGUUGGUUUGGGAAUCUUGUGAAGAUCAGAACACAACAGAAAAGUGCGUUCCAUAAGCUCUCCUAGUGGAAUUAAUAGACAGACAUUUCUAUGAUGAGUUCAAAGGAGAGAUUCCAAUACUGCCUCAUAAAGAGAGUUCUCUGAUGGGUAGCUUUUUAGCUUUAAGUUAUUGACUGGUGCACAACUCCUAUGGUGAAUAAUCAUGUGCCUUUUUUAUUGUACUUCGUAUAAAAGGGGACUGGAAAAUCCUACCUUUUCGGCAUGUCUGGUUCAUUGUACUAAACAAGAAGAUCUGUAAAUAACACUGGAAAUAUAAUAUAUGAUAAAUUUCAAGGUUGAUUGUUUAGGAGUCUCUAUUUCUAGAAAGAGACUGUUCCACAAAUGUUUACAGGUGGUUCUCAACCUUCAAGCUGCUAAAAAGCAGCAUUUUAGAGACCUCUUCUAGUUAGACACAGGUAAAUGUUGAAUAGGUAAAAUAGCCACAUGCUCCAUUAUCUUGCCACAUUUUACAUUUCUUGGCUGUGAAGGCAUCACAGUAUAGCACUUGCAUAUUUAACUCUUCCGAGGCAGUAAAUGUCCUAGUAGAUGGAUGAAUUUCUAGAGGCCUCAGCUGGCCCACAAGCCCUGAGUACGUAAGUGCAAGGUUCCCAUCCCGUGGUGCUGCAGGCACACUGUUGCGUUGUUCCAGAAACUGCCUAGAAGCUGGAUGCUCGUUACUUCUGAAAAUAAGUUGACUGACUUAGGAGCCAUCUGUGGAAUUUAACAGCUUGAAUCUUCCAUUUUGUUACUCAUCCUGUGAAAAUGUCAAAUGUGAGCAAAUACACUUUGUGAGCACUGUCUAGACAAAUUUCCUGAACAAACCGACAAAGUCUUUUUGGUAUUUGAAAAACAAACAAAAGUGAUAAGAGGGCAAAUUAGAGCAAGAAAUAGGCAGCAUAUAUAAAUACUGUUACUCUGAAAUAUAUAUAUUUUACUCUAGUUGACCCAUUGACAGCAUCUUUGUGAACCUGAAUUUUCGGAGGUAUCCGGUGGUUCAUGCAGUAUCUGUGCACUGGUGGCCAGAGCAAUGACAAAAGGCUCUCAAAGCUGAUGGCCACUGUCAAUGUUGGCAGCCCUUGGAUGUGGGUCCAUGGCAGACAGCUUUUCGUUACAGAAGACUCAGUCCUACUGAAGGACAAGCAGAGAUGGUAUCUGUUAACUUCACUGUUUAAUAUUUUAUAGCAAUUUAAAAAAAAAAAAAAAAGUUCUGUUUUACUGAGCCAGGAAAAUAGGUAAUUGCAGACACUGCGAUACCAUGAAUCUUGGUGAUCUGUUUCUUGAAGAGCUUUUGCCAUUCCUAUUUCAAGGCAUGCUAAAGAAAAUAGAAUGAAAACAAAGUUAAUUUUUCAAGGGCAUGAUAUAUAAUAAAAUAUUUUUCUUUUAACAUGCAAAAUCCAUCUGUUCUUGUCAACUCUUGGUUGGUAUCUAGAGAGCAUAUCACUAUAUUUUGUCCCAGUUUUAUUUUUGAAACAGUGUGUGUAAGAUGUAAUAAAGAGCCAAUUCUCCUGGAGUUUAUUUGUGACUAAUUGCUGAUCUUUAUUUAUGUCACAUGGAUCAGGUUAUGUGUGAAUAUAUACAAAAGAAUAAUUUUGGGUGAGAUUCUAAAUACUAAAAUGCUUAAAAUUCCAAGUUUAUGGUUAGUUGAACACAACCUCUUGAACAGUGUAAUAAGACCUGCAGGGAGAGGUAGCAUCUUCAAUAAAUCAAGAAAUAAAGUUAAAAAUCAUGGGCAAGCUCACUAUUCAAGCCUUUCUUGCAGGUCUUAAACAGGUAGGAAGCUUCAGGCCAAACACGGAUUGGGAGCAGUUGCCCUGCACUUGACCUCCUUUACUUAACCUAUUAAACAAUUUAAAAGGAUAGUUACCAUCCACGGAGCAGGUGUUGAAUGCUUUGUACGGGAGUUCUAUUUGCAAGUGACUUUUCAUUUUCUCUCCAGAUACAAUUUCUCUCUUUUAAAUUGUAUGAAAGCUAGAUUCUUCUUUUGUUUACUCGGGUGGCAUUUUGCUUCUUGAAAUACUUGCUUAAGGGAGGUGAGAAGGCAAAGGAAGGUAAAAGAUGUUUUUACCUUUCACCUGCCCAUUUUGGGCAGUAAUGACACAGGUCAUUCACACCAUUAGUAGUCAAUCCUAUGAGUAAGUGCUGACUAUUUUACAUGAAGAUGGCUGGAAGUUGAAAGUAAUUAUAUAUCAGUGUGACUACUAAAUGCCUAGCUAUUAAAGUUACUGUACUGAACAGAAGUAAAUAUGCCACAUGUUGGGUUUGGGGUUUUUUCCUCCUUUGUCUUGAAUUGCCAAUCUACGCUUGAUUCUUCCUUAGCAAUGGGGCAGCAAGCCUUUCAUAUCCUGGAUAAAUGAAAAAGGAAGGCUGAAUAUUUGGAGGAAUACCAGGUUUUAAAUUUACUAACCUAAAAGGAGCGUGUGGCAUUUGUAGUUUAGGAGCUUUGAAGCUGAGAAGAACAGAUAGAUCUGUGUUUACUGGCAAAGACUUCAAGCAAGCAUGACAACCCUUCACUAUGACACCACCAUAAUGAAUGUGAAUUGCUUGUCUUGGAAUUUUGCUGUUGCAUGUUUUCAGUGCCCACUGCACAGCAGCAGGAUGUGGCCACAGCAUCUAACUGAGAGUGGUCAGACCUGGCAAGCUCUGAGGGCAGAGGCCACAGGCCGCAGAGAACUUGCAAAAACCAGACUUUCAGUGCAAGAAGGAAAGCAGAAUUUUGUGAUAAAUAAAUGGCUCUGAGAUUACAGAGUAAUACAAAAGAAAUCAAAUAACUCUUAAAGGUGGAGUUGGUAUUUUCUGUGAUUGUCAUUUUUUUAAGAUUUACUGAAACAAUUUCUUACACUUGAAAAAGGCAUCUGUUGGUUUAUUUUUAAUUUAGUCUUUAUCUGUAUAAGCCACUGCUUUGGCUGUGGUAUUAACAUGGUGACUCUGCAUGUGAGAGGGUCUUAAAUAUUCUCUCAUAAAAGGAAUAAUAAUAAAAGAAGCCUCGAGUAUUAUCUGUUUUAA